GAACAGGAAGAAAAAUACUACAACUGACAUAAUAGGCUCUGGAAGAUUUACCGGGCCUGCCUCCAUCAGUAUAGACUGUCAUGCAAUAUCUGGAUGUGUACGACAGAUCGACAAGCACUAAUUUGUGGCCUUAUAUAGGUGUAUUGAUCUGUUAGGUAUAGCAAUCUACAAUUUAUUUUCUUGAAAAGAUAAUGAAACAUAUUCUUUUUGUUGGCUUCCACUGAACAGAAGCUUUUUACCUGUGAUACCUGAGUCACCUGACUAGCAGCGGUGAGAGAAACACCGGCUUCCUCGUCACAAUACUCAACGCUGUGCGAUGAACCUAAGAUGAAAGGUACCCAUUGCUUAACUGUUUGAUAUCAAAGCCCAAACAGACGACAAGACAAUGAGAAGGGCGACCAUUAUAAGGAAGCACCGGGGGCGGGCCCGGAGGACGUCGGCCCCCCUGUACCCAGUGACGCCAGCUCAGCCCCCACGUGCACCCCAUCGUCUUUCGGUUCCCGCCAUUGUCGAGUCUUUGAGUACCCACCGUUUUAUUGAGCAACAGCGUGCAAGAAAUGCUGCCAAAAAUCUGGCUUUGGACGGGGAGAGGUCUCUGUACAAAAGUUCCAGCAGACUGACAACGCCCCUCCCCACAGACACGCCCUCCUCUUAUGGGAGUCUGUUUUCCCAGAUCCAGGAGAACUCCUCGGAUUGUGAGGGACUCUACGACUUCAUCUCUCGGACUUACCGAGUCCUCUAUGGCAGCAUUCUGAGCACCGGGAUCCUGCUACUGCUGUUGGCUAUGCCAGUGUCUAUGUUAGCAGUGGGGUCCACUUACCGCAGCGACUGCCCCCUGGAGCCCAGGGUCCCUAUAUACCUACUGGUGGGAGGGAGCUUUGGUCUCAUCAAGGUUUUCCUGAUGUUGUGGAACCAAAAGAAACAUACCAACGACGCAUGCGUGGAUGACGAUGACGAUGGAGAGACUGAUGACGCAGUGGUGCGCAGAACAACAAAGUUCACAGAGUUCAUUCUGAGUGUGUUUCUGUCAGUGUGGUUCAUCAUGGGAAACGUCUGGUUUUAUAAAAUAUGGAAACCGAACUUUGAACAGCCAUUGCACGAACCUAGCAACUGGUGUCACAUGACAGUGUUUCGGUACACGUUCUAUCAUUUAGUCACGUGUUACGGUCUAAUUGCAUUGGUUGUCAUAACAACGAGCUGUUUCAUCACCUAUUAUUGUUGUAAAAAAUACCAUUACAUCAAAUGAGUCCCAAUAUUAAAUAAAUUUCUUUUUUCCCCCUCAAGUAGUUCUGUUUGACUCAUACACCUGUCAUUAAUUAGCUAUAUGAUAUUGUAAAGAAAACCAAGUCCCAUUUGAAUGCCGGCUUGCCUUACAAAUGGUGCAAAGUCCUUAUUUUUGUAUACUUGAGCUCUGUUAAUAAUAAAAUGAGGUAUAU